CUAAUUUUAAAAAAUUAGUUUGAAGUGGAAGAAAGGGGUGGAAACAGUUGACUUGACCUUGCUGGAUUCCUUCCAAUAGAACCCUUCUUCUGUCAUAAUUCACUUGCAAUUUCUGUUGAAGCAAUGCACUUUGAGUUAGAAACUUGGACAGUUUUGAUUGCUAUUCUGUGCUUCUUGGGCUUUAUUCUGAAGGAUUCUCUCAUGGGAGGGAAGAGUUCAAAAGGUUCUGGAAGGAGGUAUGAAUCUGCUGCUGCUUCAUCUUCAUGGGAUAGCUAUGGUGGAUACCCACCACAGUCACCAUACCCUUCAUAUCAAACUCCUCAGCAUCAGCAUGCAUCAGCAUCAGCUCCAUUUUAUGAUUAUGCACAACCAAAAAGGAAGUUGGAUAAGAGGUAUUCCAGGAUAGCUGAUAAUUACCGUUCACUGGAUGAGGUUACUGCUGCUCUUGCUAAUGCUGGACUGGAAUCUUCUAAUCUCAUCGUUGGCAUUGAUUUUACGAAGAGCAAUGAGUGGACAGGGAAGAGGUCAUUCAAUCGAAAAAGUUUACAUGACAUUGGAAGUGGUCAUAACCCUUAUGAACAAGCAAUCUCUAUUAUUGGAAAAACUUUAUCUGUGUUCGAUGAAGAUAACAUUAUUCCUUGUUUUGGAUUUGGAGAUGCAUCUACACAUGAUCAAGAUGUAUUUAGUUUCUAUUCUGAAGAAAGGUUCUGCAACGGGUUUGAGGAAGUUUUGACACGAUACAGAGAAAUAAUUCCUUACCUCAAACUCGCAGGACCCACUUCGUUUGCCCCUAUUAUUGAAAUGGCUGUGACUAUUGUUGAGCAAAGUGGUGGCCAAUAUCAUGUCUUGCUAAUAAUUGCGGAUGGACAGGUAACCAGAAGCAUUGACACACAGCAUGGCCACUUAAGUCCACAGGAACAGAAGACAAUAGAUGCUAUUGUGAAAGCCAGUGAGUAUCCAUUGUCAAUAGUUUUGGUUGGAGUUGGAGAUGGACCAUGGGACAUGAUGAGGGAAUUUGAUGAUAACAUCCCUUCUCGGGCAUUUGACAAUUUUCAGUUCGUGAAUUUUACUGAAAUAAUGACGAAGCAUAUAGAUUCAGCCAGAAAAGAGACAGAAUUUGCCCUUGCAGCAUUGAUGGAGAUACCUUCUCAAUAUAAGGCAACCAUAGAGCUUGGAUUAUUGGGUGCACGGAAGGGACAUUCACCAGACAGGGUUCCGCUACCUCCGCCUCUUUAUAAUAGGACAUCUUCCAACCUCAGCACAAAAUCUUCAAGGUCAAACAGUUUUCAGCAGAGGCCACCUACAUAUUCUAGCUAUGAUAGUGGUGUUCACAUGGAAUCAUCAACAAGUUCGUUACACGAUAAUAAGGUUUGCCCGAUUUGUCUUACGAAUGGGAAGGACAUGGCCUUUGGUUGUGGGCAUCAGACUUGUUGUGAAUGUGGAGACGACCUCCAAUUCUGUCCCAUUUGCCGUAGUACAAUCCAUACACGAAUAAGGCUUUACUAGUUAGCAUUGCUGCAGACCUGAUUUCAACGGAAAUUCGUUCAUUGCCACAAUAAGGCAGGAGUGCAAAGGAUGUGAGAGUUUGUCUGGAUCAUUUCAUAGAUGGUUUCUUGUCCAUAAAGUUCUGCGCGUUCGCAAUUUUGAGGCGAAACUUACAUGCCCAGUAAUGUAGAGUUGUUUAUAAUUGGCCUUACCACAUUGUAUAUACGUAAUUCGUGUGCUGUUAAGGCAUCAUGUUAUUUAAUAAACUGCCUUGUAUCAAAAUUCCUUGCAUUGUUCAAAAGUGAUGUUUUGGAUUGCUUCUAGCUUGUCUUUU